UUGCGUUAUUUUUAUUUUGUUUAAAUUUAAGUUUUAUAUAUUAUACAGAUAUAGAAGAUACAUUCGGGUGAAUGUUCACGACGCCACGAUCUGUUUUAUUUCCUUAUUAGGAAUUUCUAUGUUCAGGAUGCUUAGUGUGUUCCAAAUAGCCUCUGUUGGUACAUGUAGUGCACUACGUAGGGUGCAUCCGCAGUUUAUUUCUACCAUAUGUAGUGAGGUAAUAUAGGGAGUAAGGAAUCGUUUAAGAUUCGCCCCUAAACCGGUGUACCAUAACAGUGGCUCUGUAAUGGAGUUAAAAAGACUGGGUUUUAGAAAAGUCUGAAAAGGAGAAGAAAAUGCCGAUGGAUCCUCUGUCUCCUCCACCACCUCCACUUCCUCCACCCCAUCUCUCAGCCCUAGCCCCUUCAGUACCCAGUAAGAAGAAGCUCUAUCAGGCUAUAGCUGAGGGCAAGACCGUUGUUGAAGGCGACUUUGACGAGGCUCUUCAGCUUCUCGCACAGAGAGAAAGCAGUUUUAGGAAGGACCUACAGUGGGUGCUGUUCAACAAGUAUGUACCUUCACUGAUUCAGGAUGGCCCCACAUGUGGCCUGGUGGCGUUAUGGAUGGCAUCUCAUUUAUUAAAGCCUACCAUGACCAUAUCCAUGAAGCAGAUCAUACAGACAUCACUGGAUAAAGGCUUCACUGCACAGGGGGAAAUGUUUUCAGCCAGUGAUAUGGCUCAGCUUGCACAGGAGGUGUGUGGCUGCAGAGUUCAGAGACUGUCUGGUGGUAUGACUGGAGACAACGUUCCACUUAUCCUCAAACAUCUCACCGAUGGACAACCGAUCUUAAUACCAUACGAUGAGGAUUUUAAUCAUGAGCCUUGUCUACGUAGUGGUCACAAAGCACACUGGGCAGUAGCUUCAGGUGUGGUUCUCGGCCUGCCUCAGGGUUCUGUAUCUAGUCACCGGCUCCGCACUGAAGCCACCCUGCCGUGGGUGCAUCUCUCCCAAGAAAACCCUCCUGAUAAUUGGCUUGCGGAGGCAGUCGAGGUUUACAUCUUAGCCAAACAGGGCAAGAGUCUGCGCUACCAGCUGUGGAAGUUAGAAACCGUGGCUCAGAGUAACGGCCAGCUCAGAGAACUGGACCCUCAGAGAGCCGCUGAUGGAUCGUACUAUGUCCUGCCCCCCGGUGGGGUGGAAGAGGGUCUGUCAGGGCAGGUGGUGCUGCUUUAUUCCUGCUCACAGACAAACUAAUCAUACAAGGACUGAACGGUCCAGGACAUUUCACCCUGAAGCUGCUUCUGUAAAUGUAUUUGAGGUUUCAUCCACUAGGUGGCCUUAAGUCCAUUAUAUUUCUGAAACGGUUGCAGUUCUGGGAAAUUCAUAAGGCCUUUUGAUUUCAGCCCCUGGAGGCAAGAAUUAUUUUUGUAAGAAGGUUUUAAGAAGAGCAUUUAUCGUAAUUAUUUAGUGUCAUUUCAUUUCAACUUUACACUUGAAUACUAGACAAAAACUAUUCUUAGACUGCUAGUGUCCAAAGACUUUCAUUUUAUAUAAACCUAUUUAUAUGCAAUUCACAUUUAUUGGUUGUUUAUUAACGUAUUAACUCUA